UCAGCAUAAGCAAACUGGAAGAAGCUACAGUAUUUGGAGCUGCAGGAAAGGCAGUACAGCCUCCUCUCUCUGGAUUAAAAAGUAUUAAUUUGUGGACAGCAUCAGGUUUUCAAAAGUCGCCUGCCUCUGCACAUGGGGUUCCACUCAGCCAGCAUUGCUCAUCAGUGUUGAUAAUGUCUUUGCUUGUUCCUUUGUGUGGUGAUCACAUAGCGGUGGGGAUGAAAGCUAAUAUCAAGCAGGCACGCCACCGGCGAGUGUGUAGCAGGCAGCCCUGGUAAGCAAAGAAAGGUCCCUGUGCCUUGAGAUCUGUGUGUGCGCCAGGCUCGAUGAUUGGGGCCAGGACCUACAUUUUGCACCGACCCUCAGAGAUCUGCUCGACAUCUCCGGCGUGCUUUCCCUCUCCCAGGUCCUCCUUGCCAGCGGGUUGUAGGUCGCGGUCCCUUUGUGCCAGGGGCCCGAGGAAGGCUCUCGCUGCCAGGGGCUGCCCCCGCUUGGUCUUGCUUCAGUGGCUCGCUCGGCCAGUGACCGGUUCCCGUUUUCCCCUCAGGAUGCCUCUCAUUAGCAUGAACAGGGGGAAGGGCCAAAAGAGAGGGCGAGAGAUUGAGAGAGAGAUUGAGAGAGAGAAAGUAAGUGGGGCUCGAGCUCGUUUUUACUCCGGGGGAAGCCUCCCUUUGGCCAUGCCCUCCCGCGCUCUCUGGCUGCUGUGCUUCGCCUUGGGCGCCUCCUCGGCGGCAGGGUUACUGCCUUAUGCUGGAAGGCCCAUGCCAUCAUUCAACAAAGAUGCUUAUGGGUCAGAGGACUCCACUGUUAGGCAGAGCAAGUCUCUACUAAGAGGUGGCAGCAUCUCCAGGGAUGAACAGAGAGGACAUCAGACAAUGCCUUCGGGUGGCAUCCAGAAGACGAGAGUGGUCCACACACAUCAGCUGUCCUUGGAUAAAAAGAAAAAGGCCAAACACCAAGCAGAACACGAGAACUACACAGGUUUGCGGAAGCAGCCUGCCCAGCAAGGCAAAGGCUUUCCUUUCGGGAGCCACCAGGAGGGGCCAGAAACCAACAGGAUGCACACAAAUCGGCUCCAGCUAGAAGCUGCCAACAGCAUCUCUGCCUACUUUCACCCACUUGUCUACUCCUAUCGUCAAGACCGAUUGCUGUCAGAAGCUCCUGUUUUCAGAGAUACAGAGUUGAACAGCGGGCGGAUCUCAGUGAGCUUGGAUCACCUGAACCGACCAGGCAAGAUAAAUCCUUACUACAAACUUGGCCAUUCCUUCAGAAAUAACCCCGAACCCUCUUGGCUCAUGAACCGACAGACGCAGAGCUGGCCGUAUCACCCGCUUACCUUAAAGAAGGAUGCCGAAAACAUGGAGGCAUGCCUAACUGACUGCAAGAAGGAGCGUGAAGAGGUGGAAGCUUUCUGCAGCAGUGAAUUUGUGGUGAAUGGGAUUGUUCACGAUACCACCAUGAUACACAAAGGAACACGAUUGGUAACGCUCUUGGUAAACAGGAAAGGGCUCUACAAGACAAAUCGACUGUACUUCCAGCCUGAUGGCUUCUUCUUUCAAGUUCACCUGCUGGUUGUGGAUGCCUUGGACUGCAGUAAACCCUGCCCAGACUUCAAACUUGGGAGCAGAUACAUUGUGAUGGGUCAAAUCUACCACAGGCGGUGGCAACUACCUACCAUUCUGCAAGAACAGGUGAGAGGGCGCCUGAGGCCAGGAGAUGGGCUGCUUUGGAUGGGCAGUAGUUACAUGAAAAGAUUCAACCGAAGGCGGGAUCAGAAAGUUCAAAGGGCAGCUCACACCAAAUGCAGAUGAGAAUGCACAACCACCACAGCUUCUUCAGGGCUAAAACUUCUUCAGGGCUUAAGACCAACUGUGGUCUUUGGCACAGACUUUAUGUACUUUCCUGUAAAACAGCCUCCGGGUCUCCUUAUGAUGGUGGGGAGAAUGGAGUGCAGUGGCACUUUAUAAUUAACCCAGUUGCCAAGAUAUGAGCUUCCACUGGCUUCAACAACUUGACAUAAAAGCCAUAAUAAAACAGGUUGCAUUUCAAGGCAAAUAGCUAGAAUUUGUUACAGCUUAGUCAAUGGUUCUGCUUUCCAUUUGUAAUGUACUUUUAUUAGUAAUAUUUUCUGUCCUUUUAUUUGCAAAGCACUCCCCCCCACAAGCCAUUCAGUAUCUUUUUGAUGAAUAUCAACAUAGAACAGGUCUUGCUGAAAACAGAUGCACACAUUUUUGUGUAAAUUAUAAAAUCUGAGGUAUAAUUACCUGAUUCUUACCUGGAAUCGUCUGAGUCUUGAACGAGUUCAGUCCCAGGUCUUAAUCUGAUUCAAACUGUACUUCUCCCAAGGCCUACUUAUUCAAACUGGCUUUAGCAUGUCACAUCCUACCUAUUUUGUCUGAAACUACUAUUUAUUACUUAGAAAGAAUCAUCCGAAUUCAGAAAUUGCAAGCUGUCUUCAGGAGACACUGAAGCAAAUGCUGACAGUUAUUGGCAGCAACAACUGGUGUGCAUGCUUCUAGUGAGAUCCACAUGAAAGCUAAGAGCUGCUCUCAGUCAGAAUGACAGUCUAUAUUAUUCAUUCAUUUCCCACACUGGCCAAAGAGAACCCUUUGGGAUCCUUCAAGCAGCACAUGAAUGCAAGCCACCUCUGCUCUUACUGCUCAUCAGCCUUUGAAGACCAUGUCACCAUGAUUAAUAGCCACAGAUGGUCAUAUUAACUUCAAGGAGGAGCAGCUCUACAUGCAUCUACCAUAGGUGCAUAGGUUUGGAUUCCAAUUACCACAAGCAGCUUUUUGCUUAGGAAUCAGGUCUUGUCAUUUUCUUCUUUUCACUAUAGCACUGGCAACUUCUCCCUUCCAAAGCAGAGCAGAGCAAAGUGCUAUCCCUAACACUGGAAUAGGAAAAUAGAAAUACCGUGUUACCUUAAAGACUAACAGACUUCAAUGUGAGCUUUUGUGGAUGACAAUCCACAAUCUACUGCAGAACACAUGGGCUGUGGCAUGACAUCCUAGAGUAGGGAGGGUGAACAGACACAAGCGGGGGUCUUGCAUCACCCAUGCCGUUACAUACGCUCCUGUCUGCUUAUUUAGACAUUAUUUACAUUAGGGUGUUUCCAUUAGCCUGAGUUACACACAGAGCAUAUCGAACUGAUCAUCUGCUUCAGAUCUCAUUGCUCCAAGCCAAACAAAAUAUUACAUGAAUUUUCUAAUUUGACUCCUACAAUGCAAGCCUAUUUUGUUAUCAAGUUCUAGCGUUUGUAGAAGACAUACACAAAUAACAACCGAGGAUGAAAAGUACUAUCUGAUUUUCGGGCAGUUUUAAUACUGAAUUGCACAAAUAUAGUUAAAACUACUGUACCAGUAUAUAUAGAUGAUCUUAUCUUGGAGGGCUCAGAAUUUUUAAUUGGACAUUUGACCAACAGAGCUGUUUACAGAGGUUAGUUAUGGUAUAACAUCCCAGACUCUCUGAUACGGCAUGGGGGACAUUUCUGUAGCUCUGUAGCCCUGGCCAAAAAGGAAUCUUUCAAUAUAAGGUGAUUGGCUUGGGGGGAGGGGGGGAGAGAAUGCUGAAUAACUGGCAACACUUACGGCCUAUCCAAAUGGGUAUGUAAAUUGGUAUACUGUACACUUGGUUAGGCUUGGUUCAAAAUGUUACCUUCAUGUGUCUCCACUUAGAUUUAUCCAUCCUGCCUCUUUAAGAGCUCUUCUACACCUUCCGGACACAUUGGUAGGCAUGCACUUUUUGCUAUGAUUCAGUGCAAUCCUAGUUAGCUUCCUGUGAGGCUUGUGUGGAUGGCUAGCUUGCACAUGAAUGGGGUUGCGGGCAGCAUUAACUGAGGUGAUAACCCUGUGACAUAGUAGGUGGGUUCUGUCACUAAAAGAGAGGACAGAGAAACCACCUUCUCUAUUUUCAUCUUUAAAUAUAGAUAUAUUUCCCUAAGUGAUGCAGUGCAAUUCAAAUACCAUCAUAGGUGGACACAUUGUUCUUUCACUAUUCCACCUACCUUAAUUAACAAACAGAAAAAGAAAAAGAAAAAAGAACAAGGGAAGCCACUGCGGAGAAAGGGGCUAGGAUGACUCCAGGGGCUCAGCCCCAGCAGAACCCUGGCUGAGGAGAAAGAUGGGGAAAAGGGGGACUGCUCCUUCCCUCUCCCCAACCUUCACGUCAAUGUUUUCCCCUCAUGCCAGUGCUGCUGCUGUCCACUAUGCCUUCUUUAUGCAUGUGUAAACUAGGCAAACGUACUCACAAGUGAAUCGAGUACACUUAACACACCUGUGGACCCUUCUCACAGGAGAAUAAACAUCUCCAUUGUGAAUCGAAGGAUCACUCUCACUCGGGUGAGGCAUAAAAUAGGUGGCACUGAAAAUAAGAACUUUUUACAUGGAAACCAGACAGCUCCAAAUUCCCCUGUCUGGACAGGCCCUCAGUCUCACAAGACAAGGAGAAAGACUCCAAUACUACCAGAGGUGGAACCUGAAACUGACAGGUCUGUCUUGAGUUGACAGCCUCCAUUUUAAAACUUAUUCAUAACAAAGAAACCUGGCAUGCAGAUAUGGCUAUGUCUUUUAAAAAACUACUUCCUUCCUCCCCUCUGCACCAUCCACAGAAACAAAUAAUCAUGGUAGUAGAAGUAGGAGCACCUGUGCCCAGGCAAGGGCACAGAACAAGUUUAAAUCUAGACAAAACUAAUACCUCAUGCAAAUCGUCUGCUUAAUGAGAGGGGGUUAAAAAAAGGAAGACUUAAUUAGCAUAGGCUGCAACUGGAAUGUUUGCUAAACACCAGAUACAAGCCAUGAUUGAAAUCCCACAGGAAAUUUGUAAAGUUCCAAUGGCAAACCAUUAUCCAGAAGUGUCCCUGCUAAAUUUCUCAGGAUUUCAUACAUUUUCUGUAAGAAAAGCAUUUGUUUGGUUAAGGGUGGGGGAAAUGACACACAUAUAAUGAAGAUGUCAGAGCUGAAAAAUUUCCAGGAUAUCUUGAAUAAAGGCAUUCUGUCAAAACGAGACUUCCUGGCAGCCAU